AUGAACAUGGAAAACGACUUGAAGGAAGAACUGAAUAGAAGAAUGAGAGCAGCAUGGGCAGCAUUCGCAGCCGUCAGGGAAGCUACGGACCAACUGACGGACCAUGAUCUUCGUGCCCAUCUGUUCGACUCGACAGUCCUUCCAGCGCUCUGUUACGCAGCGGAGACGUGGGCAGACACCGCAGCCACGUCUAGGAAGCUACUUACUACCCACAGAGCCCUUGAGAGAUGUCUCCUGAAGUUUAACCGGCGCACACAACACCUUGCCGGUCUUCGUAGCUCCGACUUAAGAGGAAUGUCCCGUCUUCGCGACCCAGCGGAAUAUGUAUCGAAAGCAAAACAUAGAUGGGCCGGUCACAUCAUGAGAAGAAUCGACGAUAGAUGGACUAAAAGAACGCUAGAGUGGAUCCCAAGGGACGCUAAACGCCCCCGAGGGAGACCGCCAACGAGAUGGAGUGACGUGUUCGCUGCACGGAUGGACCAGCUGAGAGCUCAGCUGGAUACGGCUCAAGGACCUCGUCAUCGUCACUCACGAAGCUUGAGAACAUCUUGGAUGACAAUGGCGAGGGAACGAAACGAGUGGAAGAGAUGCUGGGGCCCGCACGUCGAGUGA